AGAGUGGGGAUGCGAGAAAGCACGCUGCUCUGAGUCACACCAACAGACACAUCGAAAACUCCUCGUGGUUGAGCCCGGCCGGCAUCAGACUACACACCGCACCGACAGAGAGAGGAGGAACACACCGGCCACAGAGGGAGAGAGUCGGCAAAGCGGGAAGCUUUCUGUUCUCCGAGUGAAGAAGAAGAAAGAGGAAACUCGGCCAACGAUGUCUGGGCUAAAAAAGAGAAACUCAAAUUCCUUAGCAGACCGUGAGGAGGACAAGCAGGUCACGCAGAGGAUGCUGUCCCCGGGUAGCGGUGGGGAGCAGGGAGACUCCAGCCAGGGUGUAGCAUUGGGAGGCGACGCCAAGAGCCCCAACAACGCCGUUGGAGGAGAGGGAGGGGAGGACGGGGUUGCCCUGAAGAGGACCAUCACCCUGGUGAACGGCGUGGCCAUCAUCGUGGGCACCAUCAUAGGCUCUGGCAUCUUCGUCACACCAACCGGCGUGGUGAGGGAGGCUGGCUCGGUGGGUCUGUCCCUAAUAGUGUGGGCGGUGUGCGGGGUCUUCUCCACUGUCGGAGCCCUCUGCUACGCGGAGCUGGGGACCACCAUCACCAAAUCCGGUGGGGACUAUGCAUACAUCCUGGAAGUGUACGGCUCCCUGCCGGCUUUCCUCAAACUCUGGAUCGAGUUGCUUAUCAUCCGGCCGUCCUCGCAGUACAUCGUCGCCUACGUUUUUGCCACCUACCUCCUCAAGCCCCUGUUCCCCGAGUGCCCAGUGCCGGAGACCGGGGCCAAGCUGGUGGCCUGCCUCUGCAUCCUCUUGUUGACCUCUGUGAACUGCUACAGUGUGAAGGCGGCAACCAGAGUACAGGACUUCUUUGCUGCAGCCAAACUUCUAGCACUCGGACUUAUCAUCAUUAUUGGCUUUGUCAAGAUUGGCCAAGGUGACACAGAUGGACUUCUUCCAGAGAAUUCCUUCAAGGGAUCCAAAUAUGAAUUCGGAAAUAUCGGUCUGGCACUGUACAGUGGUCUGUUUGCCUAUGGUGGUUGGAACUACUUGAAUUUUGUUACUGAGGAGAUGAUUGAGCCUUACAAAAACCUUCCCCGAGCCAUCAUCAUCUCUCUGCCCAUAGUGACAGCAGUAUAUGUUCUGACCAACUUGGCAUAUUUCACCACUCUCACCCCAGAUCAGAUGCUCUCCUCAGAGGCUGUGGCUGUGGAUUUUGGUAACUCCCACCUGGGUCCAAUGGCAUGGAUCAUCCCAGUGUUUGUAGGUCUGUCCUGCUUUGGAUCAGUCAACGGCUCUCUGUUCACAUCAUCCAGGUUAUUCUUUGUGGGUUCUCGGGAGGGUCACCUGCCUAGUCUGCUGUCAAUGAUCCACCCCACUCUGCUGACACCACUGCCCUCACUUAUAUUCACUUGUGCGAUGACACUGCUCUACGCCUUCUCCAACGACAUCUUCUCUGUCAUAAACUUCUUCAGUUUUUUCAACUGGCUCUGCAUUGCCAUGGCAAUAGUUGGGAUGAUGUGGCUACGUUAUAAGAAGCCUGAGUUGGAGCGACCCAUCAAGGUCAAUAUUCUGCUUCCUGUGAGUUUUGUGCUGGCCUGCCUCUUCCUCAUCAUCGUCUCCUUCUGGAAAACUCCAGUGGAGUGUGCCAUUGGCUUCGGCAUCAUUGGUACUGGAGUGCCCGUCUACUUAAUGGGUGUGUGGUGGAAGACCAAACCCAAGUGGCUGCUACAGGGGAUCUUUUCGACCACAGCCUUGUGUCAGAAGCUGAUGGAGGUGGUGCCUCAGGAGUCCUAAAAGGCUUCACCUCUAACUUCAGCCAAUAGCCAAUCAGAUUGCACCUACAGUGAUCUCUGGGCUCUGACAUCACAGCUGAUGAAGCUUUACCUCUGUUGAUCUCUUUCAACCGUCUCUCUUUCUCUCUCUCGCUCUCUGUCUCACACACACACACACACACACACACACCCUGUCUGCAGGGUGCUUAUAAGGACCUGAUGAAGGCAAACACAUGCAGGUGUUUGAAGCUACUGUGUAUUUGUGGUUUUUAACUAAUUAUCUUUUGUUUCUUAAGUCGCUGACAUUUUUGGGUUGUUGUGGUUGGUAUGGACUAUUUUUAGUCACUAAUUAUUCUUCGUAGGCUGUUAUGCUGUAUUUUUAUGAUGAAUUUCAAUGAAUUGUUUUUAUUUCACUAUCAUUUUUUGUGAAUAAGUUCCUCUUAAAUAUCUUCCUUCACGAGAAACCUGUGGUAUUAAGCAACUUGUGCCUUAUGUGGCAAAUGACACACUGUUGAAUUUGACAGUAGUUGUUGCUGGUGAUGGCAUUCACCUGCAAACACUUUAAAGAGAGUUAUCUCAAGUCUAAAACAAGCAACAAGGACCUUUUUAAAAAUCCUGAAAGCAUCUGCUUUUAAUCUCCUGGAACAAAGUUUUGCUUUCAAGUAGAAGUUGAAGUUGAAUUUAUUGCUUAGCAAGAUUAGUCUACUCAGAUAUUCAUGAAGCAUUUCCUUCAAAACGUUCAGUCCUGCAGUCAUUACAAUUCUGUAGCACGUUUAGUUAGAAGUUUUGUGUUGUCUGUGUUGUUGCUCUCCAUCCUAGAGUCCAAACUGAUCUAGGUCUUGGUUGGUGUGGCAUAUCAGUCACUAUAAUGCCCACAACCAUUCAGCAUCUUUGGUUGAGUUUUAGCCCUGCUCUCUAUUGUUUGUGGUUUUUAAGUUGUCUGUGCUGCUGUAGGAAGUGAGUGAAGCUGAAUGAAGAUCAGAUUUUUCUGUUUUUCCAUUUUUCAUGGUGACCACACUGUUGAUAAAUGUUUUUCCCAUCACAAGUGGGGUUACUGCACCUGGAAAGAUGGUCGACUCCCAUGUGGUUAGUCAAUAAAUUGUGCUCCAUUGAUUUUACACAAUAAGUUCAGUUUUCUUGACAUGAGGAGUAACACUCAACCAGUGAAAUCAGUUGAAAUGUCUUCUGUGGCUACCGGUGACCUUUGUUAACUUUGGGAAAAUAGCCCUGAUGAUGUCACAGUGAUGUGCUCAGUGUUCUCUCAGCUUGGAAUGCAGAAAGUUUGUGUUAGGAACUGGCAAUGUAGGAAUUUACCAGAUAGAAGGGGCUACAGAAAACAUGUUAUUGAGUUGCAUUAUGAGAAAUAUUAGAGCUCUACCAAUACUAUUGGCUAAAAAAGUCACCAUAUCUCAGCCUCUGCUGCUUUUUGACCAUUCCUUUUUUAAAAUGUAUCUCUUGGAAGUCCCCCAGCUUUAUGGGGGUGCAGUUCUAAAUCACUGGAGUACCCAUUUAAGAUCACUUGUCUGGAUGUAAUGAAAAUGUUUAAACCCCCCAAGUUUUCUGUUAAGUCAUGUUUGUGUUCACAGCCUGUUUGCAUCAUAUAUUUAUCUCUGCAGACUGAUUGUGGUGAUCAGCAUAAGGAUACUAUGUGCAGCUUACUCAUUUCACCUCACAGGAUUUCUGGUUAUCAGAGUUUAAGUGCUAUUGACUUUGCGUUGCAUUUUCAAAUUAUCAUGUGGUCAUAUUGACAGACCUGCAUAUACCUCUAUGGGAAAGUUGUAUUAUGACUAUCACUGAAAAGUUGGGUCACAAUUGUGCUAGUUUCCUGCUGUUUAUUAUUUUUUGGGUCAGUUAUCUCUUUCUUACUUUCGGGAUCAAUAUCUCAGUGUACUGGGCCCAGCUCUGGGAGCACCAUUAAUUCUCUAGUGUUUCAGAGACAAUGUUUCAGUCUAUAUACUUUGAUAAAGCCAUGUAACUGUGACACAAACAGUUUCAGGUCAGAGCAGACUGAUAGAAAGAAACCUGAUGCUCUUUUUUGUGUUGUGGGUGUGUGGCUAUAUGAAUGAGUGUUUGUGUGUGUGUGUGUGUGCUCGUUGAGGUGGGAGGGAGGUUUCCACACUGGAGUUCAGUCAGUUUCUUGUGUUAUCUUCUCAGACACAGACAGAUGUACUUCUUCUGAACUAACAGGCAGUUGUACAUUUACAUGUUACCGUUUCACUGUGCAACACUGUUCUGUUAUAUUCUCUGUUAGAAUUUGAUUUAUUUUAGUGUGCCUGUGUGUUCGAAGUUCCUUAAUGUGAGUAGAGGUGGAUGGAGGCAAAAGGUCAGAGAGGAUAAAUAAGCAGAGAGACAACACUAUGCUUCAGUCUAUGGAGAGAAAUACUAGAGACGAAAUGGGAAAAAGGAGAUUUUUGUUUUGUUUUGUUUUUUCUUUGUUUUGGGGAGUGGUGGUCAGAGUACAGAAGGAGCAUGUUUUCAGAUAACAAUAUGAACUGCUAGUUUUUGUUUUUCAUUGUCUUGUUUUGUUCUUCCUUUUUUCCACACAGCGACAGUUUCAAAAAAAAGUAGUGUUGUGUUACUAACAUUGACCCUCAGCAUUGUUUCCAUAGAGACAGUGUGACUGGUGUAUAGAGGCGGUAAAGUUGUUGCCAUGGAGACACGAUGCUGGAGUGGCUUAUGUGUAUCUUUUAGAGGUAGAACCUUUCUAACACUCCAGCCAGCGCACAAAGCCAAUGUGAAACUAACCUGGAUAGGAUUGUAGAAAGUUUAUUUAUUUAUUUUUAGGAAACUUUAUUGUUUAUUGUUUAGUCCCUCUAAUUUUUUUACAGGGCGUUUUGUGGA